GAACACACGGAGAAAGCACAGCACUAGGAAAACAGAGUAACAAAUUAGAUAAGGGGUAGAGCAUCAUGACAGGGGAAGAGAUAGGUAUGGGAGAAACUAAUGGACUAAGCAGGUUUAGAGCCAGCAAUGUCGAAACGAUCCUAAGGGUUUUGCCAAACCACGGGAUCUAAGCCAAACACACCGGGAAUUGACCAAAUUAGGAAAUGAGUUCAAAAGUUUAAAGAGGAAGACUCAUCGGAAAGACCCCGUCUAUGAUGAAGGCAACAGGAACGACCACCUGAAAAUUCCCCAAAAGAGAUGUCUCCACCUGCGCUCCGCCCACGCUCCGCCUACACCACGCCCCAUAUGAAUAUGCAUGAUUAUGUACCUGAUCUGAUGUAAUCCUAUACCCAAAAUUGUAUAUAAGGCUUGCUUUUGCUAUGUGAACUCAGAAAUCCAUUUUGUGAUUUCUCCGACGCGUCGCAAAUAAAAUACCUCCUGCUUAAUUGACUUAAGUUGAGUCUGAUUAGGCAGUCACUCUGCCUGUUUGGGGCAAAAUUCGGCAUCAUUUCUGGCGAGCCAGCCAGGAGGUAUGGCACCAGACAGGAGAUCCAGGACUUGAGGGGUCCUCCCCGAGCCGGGUCCGGGGUCGGGACCCUCGGGCGCCCCUGACUAACGUUUGUCAGAAGAGACUCCCCCCCCCGGACCAGUGCUCUCGGUGGACGAAGAGUACCCUGCAUCUCCUGCUCCAAUUCAGAGAUUGGAAAUGUAUGUGCAUGAACUUGGGAACCCGGUAUUUCACGGUCUAUCGGCGACCUCUUGUGACCAAACCCGGUAAAACAGCCUGUUCUGACAUAAGACCAUAAGAAUCUUUUAGGAAAAACCCCUACAAGAAAAAUAGGAAGGACCUUUCCAAGUGCUGCUGACUACCUCCACCGUGGUUCGGAGUCGACGUCCCUGGAUUCCCGGUUGGCUCGUGAUCCGCGGAUGCACCACGCCCACGCCGGAGUGAAGGUCAAGCGGAAAGGGCUAGAUGAUGAUAAAGAGGACUCGGAGAGGGAACUAAGGGAACGAGCUUUCGUCAUUCCCUUAGAGCCUCUGCCGGGCGUUACGUUACGAGAUCCCCGCUCCCAGCGGCGGCAGUUUAGCCACAUUAAGAUAGAUGUGACCCUGAUGAAACCCAACUUUGCCAAGCACAUUGUGUGGGACUAACUGGAUUUCUUUGCAGAGGUUGUGAUACUAGACCUCCAAUGUUAUGAGUGUAGCUACAAAGAAGCUAGGGAGUUGUUUGAAGCUUCCGAACAAAUUGUAUUAAGGUACACCGCUGGUUACCAAAUUAGAUCCUUAGAGAUUUAGACACUAAACAAAAAAAAAAAAAAAAAAAAAAAAAAAAAAAAAAAAAAAAAAAGGUUAUUUUACGGGUAGAACGAAUUCACAUCAAACAAUGAGAGGCACAAAGGGUGUCUGCAACUCGAAUGAUUACACGGGGAAAACCAUUUUCCUCCUAAUUCUGUUGUUAACUAUGGGCAAACCAUUGACCUCAUGUGCUGCUGAUGUGAUUGUUACCCCUGAAAGACCUGUGGUUGGGGUGAUGCAGGAUAUGGAUAUUAACCUUACUUGUAUUGUUACGAAUAACCAGAGCAAAAGAGCUGAGAAAAUCAGGGUUACCUGGGGAGGAAAUGCCGCCGAAGGUAAAGUGGUGACUUAUUGGAAUGAGGAUGAACAGCAUGGAAACUCUACCUUAUGUCUGAAAAAGGUAAGCCAAUCAGACAUGGGAAGAUAUUGGUGCAACGUGACAAUUGGUCAGGAGCAGAAACAGGGAAUGGUUAAACUAAGGGUUGUUCCUUGGAGAUUUGGAAAUAGACAAGAUUCAGAGUCUAUCGAAGUAGUCCCGUAUAAACAGGUGCGGGAUAAAUGGGCAGGUCAUCGGGGAAAAAUGAACUGUGAGUUCACAUUUAAACCAACUUGUACAGGAGAACAUCAGGUGAAAUGGUGGAAAAAGGAAAAUAGAAAUUGGAGAUUCAUUGAUUCGGGUUAUUGGUGGGGGAGCAAAGGACAAGGCAGAGUAUGGUUAGAUGUCGGGACAUCGAAACAAAGCGAGGGAACAUAUCUUUGUUUGCUGAUGUGCGGACUUGAGGGAAGCUAUGGAUUAAGGGUGUGGUCUAGUCGAGUGAGACGAGAGCUACAGUUCAAUCGAACGGAGGAACAAGAAAAUUUGAUAGUAGGAUUGGUGAGAGAUUUUGGGAAAAUGCAGAAUGUAACCAAGAUUACAGCCUGUCUCCCCUUGCCACAAGCUGCAGGAGAACCCAUUCCAUGGGGGAUUAUUCCAAUCCCAGAUCCGCCUAUUAUUCAAAAUCUAACUCAGACAUGUUACCCGCAAAUCAGGGAGAAACUUAAGAAGAAGACCAUGAAAGAAUGGUCCACUGUACCGAAGCCUUCAGAUGUGUGGCAGUGUAGAGCGAAUGAAGGGAGAUUCGAACCAAAGCCAGGAUUAUAUGGAGGGUUAAAUAACUAUGGAUGGUGUUAUGACGUACAACACAAGGAGAUAGAUGUGAAGGUGACAGAACAGGAAUGGGUAUGUCAGAAUUCAACUUCAACCGCUUCCUUGUGGGAUAAUUGGGAAACUGUUUGGGGACAGAGUUUAUUAGAACACUAUACCUAUUUAGGGGAGGUAGAGUGGUGCGUGCAGUGGACCGGGAGUAAAAACGCCACUUCCUUUGAAGUAAGCAAUUUCCAAACUUCUAGGAGAGAAUGGCAAGAACUAAGGGAAGGUAGGGAGUAUUGGAACUGUUCGAAGCUGAUCACUUGUGAUACUCCAGAAGACCAAAUUAGUAUAGCCCCAGUGAGAGUUUUAGUGAAAUGGGGAUGUGAGUGCCGUAAGCUGAACCAUACAAUAGCUGAGAAGACUUUCCAAACUCCUGUCCAAAAGGUAUCUUGUAUGACUACAACUAUCCGAAGUCCAGGGAAAUUGGUCUGGGUACUAGGACAUGGCCAGUGGACAACCCAUCUGCCGUUAGAUGGACCAGUGACUCAAAUUACUCUGGGGAUCCCUACACUCUGUCCUUUCUGGAAGAAAGAAUCUCUAUAUAGGCCAGAUAAUAUUCCAGUAAAACAAGGGAAGACCAGAGUAAUGAAGAAAAGGGAAGACAUAGACAGAUGGCAUGCCCCUAGUACUGGAGUUAAACUUGGCUGGGCAUUAGAAUCGUUGUUUGCACCAAUAGCUUCCUAUCGAAACAGGGAAAUGCUGUAUAACCUUUUGGGCCAGACUGAACGGUUGGCUGCAGCAACUAAGAAAGGAUUUAAAGAUUUUAACCUACAAUUGCAGGCUACCUCAAAAAUGACAGUGCAGAAUAGGAUGACUUUGGACCUGCUGUUGUUAAAAGAGCAUGGAGUUUGUGGUUACCUAAGUGGCAGAAUUGACCAUUGCUGCAUCCAUAUUCCAAAUGUCACCAAAGAAGUUGAAAAGGAUAUCUCUGAGUUGCGAUGCGUGCAACAAGAGGCAGGAAUUCAGAGAGAUGAGUCUGAACACAAUUGGAUUGAGGGAUUGUUUAACUCAUGGGGGUUGAAUAUCUCGGGUUGGCUGUCGUCAUUAAUUCAAUAUGUGUUAAUGUUUGGAAUUGUGAUUCUGUUAGUUUGGUGUUUUUACAAAUGUUUGUUGAGUUUGAUACAGAAAGAAGUGGUUCACACCAGGAUGAUUAUCAAGGCUUUAACUCGACCCCGAAUCGGUGAUGGGGACCCCUAGUGGCACCCUAUAGGAUUACAACUUGACGAAAGAAUUCGUAAGUUACAAGAAAAAGGGGGGAAAUGAAGCCCUAAAGCAGAUAGCCUUCUGGAAGUAAUGGGUUAAAACAUGGAAUGUGAGGCCUGUAAAGCAGGGCCUAGCACUAGAACACACGGAGAAAGCACAGCACUAGGAAAACAGAGUAACAAAUUAGAUAAGGGGUAGAGCAUCAUGACAGGGGAAGAGAUAGGUAUGGGAGAAACUAAUGGACUAAGCAGGUUUAGAGCCAGCAAUGUCGAAACGAUCCUAAGGGUUUUGCCAAACCACGGGAUCUAAGCCAAACACACCGGGAAUUGACCAAAUUAGGAAAUGAGUUCAAAAGUUUAAAGAGGAAGACUCAUCAGAAAGACCCCGUCUAUGAUGAA